GCAUUUAAGGAAAACAAAAAUAUGGGGAUUGGGUAUCAUGUUCGUCGUAUCCCUCCAUCCUUUGUAUUUUUCAUCAUUCAAUCAACAACAGUUGCUGAAUCUUCUUCAUCCAUUCUGUAUUCUCUUCUCUUUAAUUGCAUAAAUAUCAAAUGACUCAUUCUCUAACUUUAACUUCUACAGCUCUAAUUCGAUACGGCAUUGGUCCAAAAAUUGGGGCUUUACCUAGGGCAAAUGUGCCAUCGAGAUCAUCUUCAAGAUUAUUCAGAAUUCAAGCUGUGCAAGAUAAUGGAGGAGGGCCUCGGAGGCUAAUAGAUAUUAUUCGCAAUGUUCCUGAGGUUUCGAGAAAUUAUUUCAAAACUCCUUCACGGAGGGCACUCUUUGGAGGUAUAUCAUUACUGGGUGGAUUUUAUGUGGCCCAGACAAUUUCUCUAUCUUUUGGAGCUUUAGGAGUGAAUGAUGUGAUUGCUGCUGUAGUGUGUGUCUUAAUUACUGAAUACGUGACGCGAUUCUACUACACUCGACCUAAGGUGACUUUUCCAAUUGCUCUUUUGAACAACUUCAAGAUGGGUUUUACCUAUGGUCUGUUCAUUGAUGCCUUCAAACUUGCCAGCUGAAUUAAUUGCCACACUUUUGUAGCAGACAUCUUUCAUGUUGAGCCUCUCAUUAGGAGAUUCAGCUGUGCAAUUCAAUGCCAACUCCAAAAUAGAGGUCACAGAACUCAACUUUUAAAAAAAAUCAAUCUCUUCAGGUUGCAAUAAGGUGUCAUCAAUAAUAUCAGCUGGUGCUACAGGUAGUGAAUUACAGACCCAACUCCUCAUGUUCAAAUUUUCUUGAAACAUUUCAUCAUAUGGCCUUUUCCUUGUGAAAGUUUCCAUGAGCAUUAUGCCGUAACUGUACACAUCACAUCUUCUAGAAACUAAUCCAACUGAUCCAUACUCUGAUCCAGUAUUACCAGAGUAAUUAGUUUCUUGAUGAGCCAGAUAAAGAAAUGAAAAUGUUUUACAUAUAUAUGUGUGUGUAUAUAUAUAUUUUCUAUAUAUUGAAAAUAGUUGAAUCUACCUCGAGUAGAGUAGAACUUUAAAAACUGAAAGGUAUAAUGGGAUUGAAACAAGUGUAAGGAAAUCAAUUGAAAUGAUAUGGACUUCUAGUAGAUUAAAGAUGAUAUUAGAAAGAUCCAAUCUAUGAGUUCACUUGGCUGUUUCACUUUCACGCAUACCUUAAGAGAAGGCACUCCUGCUGACAUGCUUGCUGACUUGGCUGAAUAGUGCAAAAUGAUUACCUUCUUCACUGAGGCUAUAGAUCUUCCGUUUAAGAUUGUAUCCACGUUGAAGAAGAUAUAUGUAGUUGGCAAGCCUAAUCUCUGCUUGGUCUAAUAAAAUCUUAGUAUUUAGAUAUCUUUUUGUAUGCUUAAUUGAUGUGGGGCAACCCUUUUUCCCCCUUUCUUCUUUUCCUCAUUCCUAGUAUCGUAAAUUUGUAUUGCUGAAUGCUGAGGUCAGACAUAGUCCCCCUCUAUGCCUUUUGGCUUAUCUAUUGAAUCUCCUUUGACGUAACUUUUGAUUAAUUUUUUUUUGAAAUGAUACUACCGCAUGUUUCUUUUUCUUUA